GAGGAGGUGGUGCCCUCUAGUGGACCGUCUGUAUAAAAACCUUGCUCAACUGUAAGAGUUACGUGUCUUUUCGUGUAAAAAUGACCUCAAAAAUCUGUUUCAGGCUUUCUCCUUCAGUUUUUAAAUUGAGGUCCUGCCGGUCCUUCAGUUCGGUGACCUCCAGUCACAGUCUAAUGGUGGAUCAUGACCGAACCAACCGGCGCUUCACCGUCAAUCCGGGCAGCGGGAGCGGUGAGCACUCAAAGCCGGGGCUAACGCACCAUUGCGGGCGAAGAUGUUAAAGAAAACCCGGCGUCCAGGCGCGGCCUGCUAGGAAAAAUAAUUUCUGCUUGGAAUUGAUUUUGUAUUUUAAAGCAAAUCACUGCUUUACAAAUCAUUGUUAUACAUUUUUCUAAGGUUCAUAUUUCUUUGUUUAAGAGAUGGUGUCUAACGAAACACCUUUUACACAUUGGUGAAUAGAAUUUCUGUACUCAAAAGAGAAAACGUUUCAUAGACAGUAAGUUUAUUUUACAUGAUAGUACAUUUUGGUUUUUACACCCUGAAAGUUAAGCAUACAUGUUUUACGCUUAAGCCUCACAUUGAACACAUUUUUAAUUAGUUUGGCACAGUGCAGGGCUGAAGGAGCCAACGAAAUGAAGAUAUUUCAUAUGAGGUCUGAUAUUUUGUGUCUGUCAAUCUCCAGCCUUCUCUGUCAACAUACCGUAUACAGUCUAUGCAACAUACAUGCACUAAAUACUGUGUGUUCAUUCAUAACCUCUUAAAGUAAACAAAACUAAAUCUUGAAUAUCUAUAUUUGAGAUGAUUCAGAAAUAUUUUAGAUUAUUUUACAUAGAUAUUAGAUUUUUUUUAACUUAUUUUUUAUUUGUUUUUAAGUCUUAACAGUUACAGUGACAGGGCACAACAAUUCAUCACAAUCAUAAAUUUAUAAGUUAAUACUUAUAAAUUUAUACUUGAAUUAAUUUGUCAUUUGCCUAUUUUGUGAUUGCUAAGUUGUUUUUGGAUUCUGAAAUUGUAGCUUAUGAUAAAGGCCCCCCUGUCCCCUGUGUUGUAUAUUCUCAGUGGCCCCCGAGGACCAAGCCCUGCUGAACUACAGGUACACCGGGGACAGAGAAGUGGAUCUAAUGUCAACUUACGUACCUGAGACAUUCAGGGGUCAAGGUGUCGCUGCUCUAUUGUCCAAGGUGAAUUUUCAGAGAACCAGCUGUACUAUGAAUUAACAUUUUACUGUUAUUGUAUUGUUACCUGUUUAAUGUUUUUACAGGCUGCUUUGGACUUUGUGGUUGAAGAAAACCUGAAGGCGCAUGUCUCCUGUUGGUACAUAAAGAAAUACAUCGAGGAGAACCCAGAAUAUCCUUAUAAAGAGCGUAUCAUCACCUGACCAAUCUGUCUAGUUUGAUGUGGUUUAACUACCUCAAAAGAACCAAAGCCUCAUGGAGGUCGCUGCACAGAAACAGAACUGAACUUGGUUCAUCUGAACUCUGUGCAUCAUUGUGAUUGUGAAAAUAAUUACGGUAUGGUUUGACAUAAAAAAAAUUGUCCUAAUAGAGAGAGAUUGCUGAGAUUGUUGCCUGACUGUAUAAAAUAAUUUAUAUUAAUUGGUCAAAAUGUUAGUAAUGGUUAUCAAUACUCAUCAGCAAAAGCGACAUGAGGGACAACCUGGUCACGCCGUCAUUUCAAAUCAUGUGGUGGAGAAGGGUCCAACACAUUUUACCUCUGCCUGUUGACAAUGUGCCAAAAACAUCUGAUUCUGUUAGCAUUAUGAAUCAGUACGCAAGAAAAUAAGGAGAAUGUUAUGUGUUGUAACAAUAGCAGACAUAUGCUAGUCCCAUAUUGGGGAACUAAGUGGGCAUUAACAGCUGACCUUUGAUGUUAUCUGUGAAGAGAUACCUUUCAGAGUUGUGCCAUAAUUAUAAAGCUGUGUGAAAAGAAACACCAAUUAGCUGUAUCCAACUUUAUAUCACGAGAAAUGCAGCUAAAUUAAGUGUUUUUGGCAAAGGCUGAACAUCAUCAAAUGGGGGUUCUUUUGUUACCAAUACCAGCAUAAGAUAAAGUAGGAGAUUUUGGAGCAGAAACUCAUUCCGAGCUACUCUAUGAAUUUCCUGGUCUGACGUAAUGAAAGGUAAAAAUGUGUGUAUUUGGUCUGCUUUAAUGUGAACUUACUUCACAUGGAGGCUGAUAAGAAUCUAUUGUAAUGGUAGUAUUGUUUAUCUUGGAAAUGAAGGGACUAUUUUUUAAUAUGUUUUUGAUCAAUAAAAUUCUCUUUAAAUCGUAA